GCUGGGGAUUGACCCACUCGAGCUCCCGUAGCGGUGACAGCAAAACAACGAGCACUGGGGCGGAAGUAACGGGAAACAGCGUGACACCGGGGCCUCAGCUUUCUGUGCCGAGCGGUGGAUAACUGGGUGCAUGGAGCUACUUUAGACAUUGGUGGAAUUCGGGCCUCAGCUGGGUGAAGUGAUCCGGAGGCCUGUCUGCUCCGGAUACAAGGUGUGAAUGAGCAAGGAGGACGCGCCCGCUGCCCUUGCUGACACUGUUCUACGUUUCCUGUGCCAUGAUGACAUAAACACCGUGAAAGAGCUAUGUGCCGAUUGGUUCCCCAUCGAGUACCCGGAUUCCUGGUACAGAGACAUCACAUCCAACAAGAAAUUCUUCUCUUUGGCUGCCACGUACCAUGGACAAAUCAUGGGCAUGAUUGUGGCCGAAAUAAAGAGCAGGACCAAAGUGCACAAAGAGGACGGUGACAUUUUGGCUUCUAGCUUCUCCGGUGACACACAAGUAGCUUACAUCCUCAGUCUUGGAGUGGUUAAGGAGUUCCGCAAGCAGGGAAUUGGUUCUCUGCUAUUGGAGAGUUUGAAGAGCCACAUUACUAGUACAGCCCAGGAUCACUGCAAAGCCUUGUACUUACACGUCCUGACCACCAACAGCAGCGCCAUCCGCUUCUACGAGAAUCGUCACUUCCACCAGCACCACUACCUGCCCUGCUAUUACUCCAUCCGAGGUGUACUGCAAGAUGCAUACACUUAUGUCUUGUACCUCAACGGAGGACACCCGCCGUGGACAGUCAUGGAUUAUUUGCAGCACUUGGGUUCCGCUCUGGCCAGUCUAAGUCCUUGUUCCCUGCCACAAAGGAUCUACCGUCAGGCACACUCGCUACUACGAAACUUCCUUCCCUGGUCCCCCAAGAGUGGGAUUGAGUACAGUCGUACAAUGUGACCACAGGCUGUGAGCUUCGUUACAUCAGAACAUGACGUGUGGGCAUCCCAGUUUGUCUCCCUGCCCCUUUCGUCAGUCUCAACAUCUCCACCCAUGGGAACAGAACAUUGACCCACUUUCUUAGAGGACUGGUGCUGAAUAUUGCCCUUCUUCGUACAGGGUCCUGAUCUAAUCCCAGCAUGGAUCUGUAGGGUUUAUCACAGGGUCAAUAUUCUUGGCUGUCUAUGCCCUGAAUUUUUAUUUACAUGCAAACAUACACAAAAAUACCCUACAUGGACUCUGAAUGGGUUCCAACGAAAGGGAUGCCACUUAUUCCUUUUUACUGUUUCUCCUGCUUGUAACUGCUGCUUCCAUGUAAAUUCUCCCCAAAUCCUCCUUUUUAUUUCCGUAGCCUGUUAACCUAUUUAGCGCUGCUCCUGUAACAAAAAGAAAGAGGAUGUAUUAUUAUUAUGUCCUCAUUUUGCAGCCUGGUGCUGCAUGUUUUUCUUUCUUCGUUUUUUUUAAGUUUAUGGCUGAAAUACGUCAAAGUCUUUAUUGUGACACUUGCACGGGGUGUCUCAAGCAGACUGAGUGAAAGACUGUGAACCCAGUCCUCAUUCACAGCCUGGGAGCAUAGCAUUUCUUUACUAUGGCAAUAGUAAGUGUUGGAGGAUAUGACCAGUAACAAGUAAAUCUCAGAACAUUAUACAUCAGUUUUAUAAGACUAGCCUUGACCAGUUGCAGUUCUUGGAGGACAAUGUCUGAAGAUCUAGUCUUGCUGGACCUACUUUAGAAUGGGCAUAGAGUGACUAUCGUGUGGAGCAUGAAAGCACAUUUCUCCUGAUUGCCCGUUGAUGCUCAGCGUUUGUUCACAUGCUGGCCCAAUAACAUGAACUUGAAGUAUCGCCUCAAAAGAUAAAGAUCAAUUUUUUUCAUGAGUAGAGGAUGAAUACCGGAGAAGGUCACAGCUUGGCCAAAGUUCUAAAAGCCUGCUUUGUUGGAGAACUGUUUAGGAAUAAGGGUCAAACUUCAGCAUUGACAAGAAGCAACAUAUGGCACUUGAGCCGUGGCUGCCUUGUGCUUGCAAGAUCCUGUUGUGGAGCAUAGUGUCUGACUGUGUCUUGGGAGUGCAAGCCUCCCACAGUUGGAGUGCUUAUGUUUGCCCUUCCUUUCACGUAAUUAAGCAUUGUAUAAGGCGAGGAUAAGCCCAAUUUAUCAGAAGAGCCUCCAAGCAACAGAGAGAUGCAACUAUCUACAGGAUCCAAGGCAGCCGGUCUGACACUGUGUAUCAAAAUGUCUCUUCAUCAUUUGUAUACGUUUCCUUUUUUUUUUUUAAACACGGUGUACAAGCCACUGGUUGUUUUAACAAUUUACUUUAUUUUUAAUUCUGUAUGUGUACAGUCAGCCAGAUUUAAAGGGACAGUAUCACCUCAUAAGGAAAAUGUAUAAUUUACAUUCACAGCUGUAAAAUCUCCUACGUUUGCUCAAAACCCCUGAACACUGUAACACCUAAAUUAGGAAUUUGCAAGCAUGAAGAUCAUAAUUUCUCUCCCAUUUCCGUUCAGAAACUCUAAACAUAAAAAAAAUAGUACUGUCUUUAACGCCAAGAACCAUGACGCAAGUCGGUUUUACAUGUUCUUUGCUUUAGAAUUUUCUUUGUUCCUGUGCAGACUGAUUAGUCUAGUUGUAAUGAUUGUAUUUACAUUUAUUUAUUGGCAAAACGAUCCUAAACUUCUUCAGGGUUAUUCACUAAAUUGACAGCUUGGAAUUCAAAGGGAAUUUGAAAUGAAUUUCAAAUUUAAGGCCAUAAUAGCUAGACUGAAAACAUUGUUUAAGUCACCUAUGCUUCCAGAUCAGCUACUAUGGCCUUACGUUUGGAAUUCACUUUGAAUUCCCAACAAUUCUUACCCUGCUUAAAGGGGACACUAUAGUCAUCAAAACAACUUUAGCUUAAUAAAGCAGUUUUGAAGUAUAGAUCACGAUACUGCCGUCUCACUGCUUAAUUUUCUGCCAUUUUGAAGUUAAAUCACUUAGUUUAUGCAGCCCUUGCCCCACCUCCCUGCAUGUUACUUGCACAGCCUUCCUAAACACUUCCUGUGAAGAGAGACCUAAUGUUUAAACUUCCUUUAUUGAACAUUCUGUUGAAUCUAGAAUCUCCAGCUCUGUUAAUAUCCUGAUAGAUUUUUCAGGAGACUCCUGCAUGUGAUUAAGCUCAAGUUACAGAGCGGGAGAUAACUUACAAAGCAAGUUAACAUCUAAUUAAAAAUGAAACCAUUUUCUUUUUUUCUUUUUUUUCUUUUCAUACAGACUGUGUCAGUCACAGACAAGGGAGGUGUGGCUAGGGCUGCAUAAACAGAAACAAAAGUGAUUUAACUCUUAAAUGGCAGAGAAUUGAGCAGCGAGACUGCAGGGACAUGAUCUAUUCACCCAAACUGCUUCAUUAAGCUAAAGUUGAUUUGGUGACCAUAAUGUCC